UAACAGAAAUCAGAAUGCAGAAGAUAGCACAACAGUUGUGGGGAAAGUAGAACAUAAGUAAACGGAUAAAGUGCAUAGGGCUGUGCUGAGGUAGACUGGAAGAUCAAGAAUUCAUCCUUGGCAUAUGAGAGGCCCAGUCAAGAAUCUGCUAACAAUGGGAUACAAACUAUCUUUGAAUCCGGUGGUACAUGCUUUCAGACUUUCCUAACUUUUCCUGGAUGGAAAGAGGGGAGGGUGAGAUGAGAGUGACCGGGGUAGAAGGGGCCCUUGAUUAUGUUGGCUGCUUCCCAGAGGCAAAUGGAGUCAAUGGAAGGAAGGUGACUGCUGUUGAGGGACCUCACAGAGAAUGGCGACCACAGAUCUACAGAAGAUGCACAGAUGUCCCCUGGCUUAUUGUCUUCUUUCUCUUCUGGGUUGGAAUGGUGUUUAUAGCUGGCUAUGCUGUGACCAUCGGUGCCGCAGAAAGGCUGAUUUUUGGAUAUGACAGCUAUGGAAAUAUUUGUGGAAGGAAAAACUCACCUAUUAAGGGGGCCUCACUGUCCGGACAAGACAUGACCAGCAGAAAAUACGUCUUCUUCCUGAACACCUGCAACAUGGACUUCACGGACCAUAAAAUAAAUUCACUGUCAAUUUGUGUAUCCAGCUGUCCUCAGGAGCAACUGAAUGAUCUGGAAGAGAUAAAGCUUUUUGCUCAGUAUAAUGGUUCCUAUUUGUGUGUGUACAAUUUAAACAUUUCCGACUACACAGAGCCUUUGAAAGCAGCGCACCUCUGUCCAACGUUACCGGUCCCACCAAGCAAGCCGCUCCCGCUCUUUAGUCGCUGUGUCCCUCAGAGCCCAGCCUGUUACUCCCACUUUCUCGCAGGGCUUAUUCAGCUGGUCAAUGAGAGCGACAUUUUCCAACAGGUCAUUCGUGGCAUCAUAAUGAGCAAGGGGUACAUUGUCGGGCUCUGCCUCUUUGCAGUAGCCCUCUCCUUCAUUAUGGUGGCAAUCUUCAGAUUUAUUGCUGAACUUCUGGUUCAUAUCUUCAUCACCUUGGUCAUCUUUGGAAUACUAUUUGUGUCGGGAGUUCUGUGGUGGCUGUACUAUGACAACGUGAAUGAUCCGAACAUCAUCUUGCAAACAGAGAUGGAAAACACAAGAGUACUGCUGGGCUUCGCUAUCGUUGCAACCAUCAUAACAGUUAUCGUCAUUGUGCUAACCCUAGUGAUGCGGAAGAAGAUCAGUCUGACUAUCCAGUUGUUCCGGAUUGCCAGUAAGCUACUCCGAGACAUCCCUCUGUUGCUACUCCAGCCACUGUGGACUUUAAUUAUCCUCGCUUUAUUCUGGACGUAUUGGGUGGCCGUGCUUCUAAGUCUGGGCACUGCAGGUAAUGCUUACGUAAUCGCAGAUAACCAAGUUGAGUACAGGUCGCUGUCUGGCGUUCGCUACAUGUGGUGGUAUCACUUAACUGGAUUGAUCUGGACCAGUGAGUUUAUUCUUGCUUGUCAGCAGAUGACCAUUGCCGGGGCUGUGGUGUGCUGUUAUUUCAACAGAGACAAAACCAAUUUGCCCAGCCACCCAAUCCUCACUUCUAUUUUGAGGCUCUUUAAUUACCAUCUGGGAACAGUUGUUAAGGGCUCGUUUAUAAUCACACUUGUCAGGAUUCCACAGAUCGUUCUUCUGUAUGUUCACAACAGCCUAAAAGGAAAGGGAAAUACCUGUGCCAGAUGUCUACUCAAGUGCUGCCAGUGUUGUCUAUGCUGCUGGGAAAAAUGGCUUCGAUAUCUGAACCAGAAUGCAUACAUUGCAACCGCGAUCAAUGGGACAAAUUUCUGCAGCUCGGCCAAAGAAGCAUUCUUUCUCUUUGUCAGUAAUGCGCUGAAUUUGGCUGCAGUCAAUUGCUUUGGAGACUUUAUGUUGUUUCUGGGAAAGGUGUUCAUUGUGUGCUUCACAGUCUUUGGAGGCCUCAUGAUAUUUAACUACAACCGUGACUUGAAUGUCUGGGGAGUCCCUCUCAUAUUGGUGUCCUUUUUUGCCUAUUUGGUGGCUCACUGCUUCCUGUCGGUGUUUGAAAUGGUGGUCGAUGUCCUCUUCAUGUGCUAUGCUAUCGACCUAGCAACGAAUGAUGGGUCUGCGGAAAAGCCGUACUUCAUGGACAAGGAGUUGAUGAAAUUCAUCGGCAAAACCAAUGAAGAAAUCACAAGAAGCAGUGGGAGUGACAAAGCAAGCCGGAAGAGUAACAGAUACGUGGCAGAACUACAGCCAAUGGAUGCAAAUGCAACAUGACGGGAUUUCAGUGGACUCGAAAUGGACUUCAGAUUCCAUCCAAACCUUAAUACUUAACACAUACAAACUAAACCAGAGAGUGGAGGAUUUUUCGAGUUGGUUUCAAUGGCUUGAUUCACAUGGAAGUACGUUUCUAUAUUUAAGUAAAAAGGAUUACUCAGAACGUGUUAUUGUUGCUCCUUCUCUAGUGUGUUGUUCUCUCUUUACCUUGGCUCCAGUAACCAAUUAGAAGGCACGUGUCUUUUUGACAUUUUGGCCUGGGCUAAAUCCAUGCACAAACUCAUGUAAGACUGGAUAUUUUUCUGUUGAAAGGUAACACGGAGUGAAGUUGUCUAUAGGGGCUCAAAGCUACCCUAGAUGGAUCAGAUAAUUGUUGUUUUGAGUCUCUGGGAUUAUCCUUAAACUUGACCCUCUAAUAUGAUCGCAAAGAAUUCCAGUGUUGAUGUCUGUGUUUUAGAAAAGCAGAUUGAAUAACCAGAGGGAUUAGUCUCUUUAAAUGUACAUUUAUCAAAUUGUGCCAAUGAGUUGACAGAUGGGUGUAGAAUUCUAACCCCUAUUACAGGAAGUUAACAGAAAUUUUAAUGAUUUAACCAACAUUAAUCCAAAUCAUAAGACAUAGGAGCAGAAAUAGGCCAUUCAGCCCAUCAAGUCUGCUCCACCCUUCAAUCAUGUCUGAUUUAUUAUUCAUCUCAACCCUGUUCUCUUGCCUUCUCCCCAUGAUGCUUAUUCAUCAAGAACCUAUCAACUUCUGCUUUAAUUAUACCCAAUGACUUUGGCCUUCAUAGGCAUCUGUGGCAAUGAAUUCCACAGAUUCACUGCCCAUUGGCUGAAGAAAUUUGUCCUCAUCUCUGUUCUAAAGGAAUGUUGUUGUAUUCUGAGGUUGUGCCCUUGGUCCUAGACUCUCCCACUAUAGCAAACAUCCUCUCCAUGUCCACUUUAUCUUGGCCUUCCAAUAUUUGAUAUGUUUCAAUGAGAUUCUCUCCACCCCACCCCCCAUUUUUUGAAGAGGCCCAAAGUCGUGAACUGUAGAAGUAAAUUAUUUUCUAAAACUGAAUAAAUCUGUAAUGAACAAGGGAUUAUAUAAGUCAUUUUUUAAAGUAACAGUUCUUUUAAGACAUUUAGUAAAUGUAUUGUAAUAUGAUAAAAAAGAUUUAACAUUACUUAGCUGUACAUCACAGAAACAGGCCCUUCAGCCCAACUGAUCAAGAUGCCCAUCCAAGCUUGUUUCAUUUUCCUGCAUUUUGCAUUACUUAUUAAUACUUACUAAUCAUUUUUCCAUUUAUCAUUCUCUACUUGUGUUUUCAGUCUGUUACUCACCCCGGCCAUACUCACAUUCUCUAUAAACAAAAUGCAGAAUAAAUGCCAUCUCCUUGAUUCUCCUGUGCUCUGUUCACUCUACUAACUCCUACAAAAGGAUUGCAGUAGGCCCAACGUCAAAUGCAGAUGACCAAUUAAAACUGUGCGGCAAUGCCAGACAGAAGGCUAAGAAUGGAUAAAAGAAAUAUCCUCUGUAACCAGCAUUAUCUCAUCCGUUGUUCUAGUGACUGGUUGCAUUUUUAUAUACACAACUUCAAACAUGUUGGUUAAUGAGAAGGCCAUAAGACAUAGGAGCAGAAUUAGGCCACUCAGCCCAUUGAGUCUGCCUCACCAUUCCAUCACUGCUGAUUCAUCAUCUGUCUCAACCCCUUUCCCUGCCUUCUUUCCAUAACCUUUGAUGCCCCUACUAAUCAAAAACCAAUCAAUCUCAGCCUUAAAUAUAUACAGCGGCUUGGCCUUCACAGCUGUCUGCCAAUGAAUUUCACCCGGCUAAAGAAGUUCCUCUGCAUCUCUGUUCUAAAGGGAUGUAUUUCUAUACUGAGCUCUGCCCUCUGCUCCAUAACUACCCCACUAUAGGAAACAUUAUCUCCACAUUCAUUCUAUAUAGCCCUUUCAAUAUUCAAUAGAUUCCAAUGAGACACUCCCUCCCCAAUUCUUCUAAACUCCAGCAAGUACAAGCCCAGAGCCAUUAACUGCUACUCAUACAUUAACCCUUUCAUUCCUGGAAUAAUUAUCGUGAACCUCCUUUGGACCCUCUCUGAUGCCAAAAGCAAAAACAGAACUGUAGAUGCUCGCAACUGAAAUAGAAACAGAAAAUGCAGCAAAGAGAAACUCAAGAUAAUAUUUCAGACUAAACAUGAGGAGAAUGUUAGAAAGCAAGCCUGUUUUUAAGUUGCAGAAACAGGGGAGGGAAAGAGGAGACAUGGAGACAGGCACAGUGUUGGUGCUGACUGAGAGAGGGUCCGGAGGCUUGGUAUUGCCACUGAUUUGCUCAGAGGAGAAUUAUACAAAAGGAGAUGAUGAGAAAGAGUGGGGAAAAUGCUGGAACUAUGAGAUACGAAGCACAGCAACUUACUGCACAUCUGAGUUAAAGGAGAACUCCGAAAUAUCACCGCUGGUCAAGCAGCAUCUGUAGAGAAUAACAAAGUAAACGUAGUUUAUUUUUCAUCAGACAUGGUUAGCACUGACACAAGCUGGAAAGGUUGGUCAUCUGAAAUAACUGAACUCAAUAUUGAGCCUCAGAAGGUGUGACUUUCCUGAGUGGAAAAUGAGCUGCUGCUUCAUUGAAACAGCGUUGGAAAUCAAAGACGAAGAGAUCAGAGAUGGAGAAUUAAAGGGACAGGCAAAUGGAAGCUCAGGAUUGCAGUUUUCAGUUGAAAAGAAGUGUUUUAUAAAGCGGUCAUCCAGCCUGGGUUUGGUUUGUUCAAUAUGGAAGAGACUGCAUCACAAGCACUGAAAGAAGAUUCUAAAUUGGAAGUGUAAGUGAAUCACUGCUUUUGGAAGGAAUAUUUUUGGUCUAUUGAUUAUGGAAAGGGUAAAGUUCAGAAGACCAGUUGCUGCAUCUCUUGCUGUCGCAUAGGAAGAGGAGUGGGUUUUGCUGGAGGUGGAAGAGUGAUGCAGGGAGUUGUGGAGGAAAGACAAGCCUGGUGACAGCACCUUGAUGAAAAGCUGCUGAGGUUGAACGUGGAAGCUGUGGGGGCAGAAGGUGAAGUUAAGGGAAUCCUUUCCCCAUUCUUGGUGGGUGGGAGAAGAAAAGCAGAGGUAUGUGAAAUGGGAAAAACUCAGUUUUAUAUGGUGACCGAGUUUCUACUGAACUUUCUACUGCAUGUGGAUGUCACUGACUUGCAGACUUGCAGAUGUCAUACUUCUACCCUCCAGUAUUUUCCUUUAGCUGUGGUUAAAGGGUUUCUUAUCAAUAAAGGCUAAAAGGACAUUAUUGUAAAGGACAGAUUCAUUAAUUUCUAACAAAUUACUAAGUAUCUAAUUUACCUUAAGAGUGUAAUAGGAUAUAAUGCAUUUUAUUAGUUGGGAUACAAAGGGUAAAAUUAAAGUGUUAUGAAUAGCUUGUAAUGUGCAAUGUUUUACAUCUUAAUAAAUUACAUCUAAAGCUUGUAUCUGA